AUGGGAUCGAGCGGCCCGGCGUCCGGCCAUAAGGACGGCGUGGAGGUCGAGGUCAAGCUGCGGCUGCCUGACGCGGAGGCGCACGGCAAGGUGCUGUCGCUGCUGUCCGGGUCGCUGGGGGAGCGGCACGAGCAGGAGAACUACUUUUUCGACGGCACGGAGGGCGAGCUCGAGCAGACGCUGUCCGUGCUGCGCGUGCGCUUCUACGACGUGGACAAGAAGGCCACCGUGACUCUGAAAGGGAAAGCAGUGAUGGAGGACGGCGUUGGCCGCGCGAAAGAGAUGGAGGCGUCGCUGGACCCGGCCAAGGGCCGCGAGGCGCUGAAGAACCCCGACGUGCUGCUCGGGCUCGACUGUCCCGUGAUGGCGUUCGUGCGGAAGAAGUUCGGGGAGGGCGUGAAGCUGCGGUGCUUGGGCGGGUUUGACAACUUCCGGCAGGAGGCGCAUUGGGAGGGGCAGGUGCUGGAGGUGGACGAGACGAAGUUCGAGUGGGGCACGCUGUACGAGAUCGAGGCCGAGACCGCGGAGCCCGAGGCGCUCAAGGGCCGCCUGGAGGCGUGGCUGCAGGGCGCAGACGUCCCGUACGCCUACAGCACCACCACGAAGUUCGCCAACUUCCGCAACCGCACGCUCGAGUGA